AGGGCAAGGCCCGAGCCUUCUCCGUUGCCGGCAGACGCCACCUUUUUUUCCCGACGUCCUUCUUUGCGGCGAGCCCUGUCCCUCCGGUCGGCAGCCGCCGCUUCGCCGCUUGGGGUUGCGCUCGCCCUUCUUCGUUCUUGCUGCGCCGCCAUGGCCGUCUACAGCAAGUUCCUCACCGCGCGCUACUCCACCAUGGCCGGCACCGCCGCUGCCGCCUGCGCCUUGCUCUGCCUGCUCAGCAAGCGGCGGAAAGCAGCCGCUGCCGCCUUGCACGGAAAGAAAAAUGGAAAAAAUUUAUCCAGCAGUGAGAAAGAAGUCAAGAAAGAGAGAGCGGUAGUAGAUAAAGUAUUCGUUGCAAGAAUUUGUCGAAUUUUGAAAAUUAUGGUCCCCAGGACAUUUUGUAAAGAGACAGGUUAUUUGAUACUUAUUGCCAUUAUGUUGGUACUUCGCACAUAUUGUGACAUCUGGAUGAUUCAUAAUGGAACAGUUAUCGAGAGUGCAAUCGUUAGCAGGGAUCUGUCGCUAUUCAAGAAUUUCUUUUUUAAAUUUGUAGUUUCCAUUCCACUGAUUUCCCUAGUGAAUAACUUCUUGAAAUAUGGACUAAAUGAACUUAAAUUGUGUUUCCGUGUCCGACUUACCAAGUAUCUUUAUGAGCAGUACCUACAGAGUUACACAUUCUACAAAAUGGGCAAUCUAGACAACAGAAUAGGCAACCCUGAUCAACUACUUACACAAGAUGUCGAAAAAUUUUGUAACAGUGUAGUGGAUCUAUAUUCAAACCUCAGCAAGCCAUUUUUGGAUAUUGUUCUCUACAUCUUCAAACUAACAAGCGCAAUAGGAGCACAGGGCCCUGCUUCCAUGAUGGCCUACUUGCUUUUUUCAGGCUUUAUCCUUACACGCCUAAGAAGACCUAUUGGUAAGAUGACCGUUACAGAACAAAAAUACGAAGGCGAGUAUAGAUACGUCAAUUCACGGCUCAUUACAAACAGUGAGGAAAUUGCAUUUUAUAAUGGGAAUCAAAGGGAAAAACAGACAAUUCACAAAGCUUUUCACAAACUGGUAGAGCACCUGCACAAUUUCAUUUUGUUCCGGUUUACAAUGGGCUUCAUAGACACCAUUAUUGCUAAAUAUCUUGCAACCGUAGUUGGCUAUUUGGUUGUUAGCCACCCAUUUCUAAACUUGUCUCAUCCUCGCCAUCAAAAUAGCACCCAUGCUGAACUUUUGGAGGAUUAUUACCAAAGUGGAAGAAUGCUACUGAGAAUGUCUCAAGCCCUUGGCAGAAUAGUUCUAGCUGGUCGUGAAAUGACUCGAUUGGCUGGCUUCACAGCUCGAAUUACAGAAUUAAUGCAAGUUCUGAAGGAACUAAACAGUGGGAAAUAUCAAAGAACAAUGCUAACACAAGACAAAGAAUUAGAUCUAAAGCAGGCCACCCCGCUGAUUCCUGGCAUGGGACGGAUUGUCAUAACAGAUAACAUUAUCAAAUUUGAUCACGUUCCGUUGGCAACACCAAAUGGCGAUAUGCUGAUUAAAGAUCUCAACUUUGAGGUGCAAUCGGGUGCAAAUGUUCUUAUUUGUGGGCCAAAUGGAUGUGGAAAGAGUUCUCUCUUCCGUGUCCUUGGUGAAUUGUGGCCUUUGUUUGGCGGCUGUCUAACUAAACCCGAGAGAGGAAAGUUGUUUUAUGUUCCCCAGAGACCAUAUAUGACACUUGGGACGUUGAGAGACCAAGUAAUUUAUCCAGACACUAUAGAAGAUCAAAAAAGGAAAGGCAUCACUGACCAGGUAUUAAAGGAAUACUUAGAUAAUGUCCAGCUGGGUCAGAUCUUGGAACGUGAAGGAGGCUGGGAUAGUAUUCAAGACUGGAUGGAUGUUCUCAGUGGAGGAGAAAAACAGAGAAUGGCAAUGGCUAGAUUGUUCUACCAUAAACCCCAGUUUGCCAUUCUGGAUGAAUGUACAAGUGCCGUUAGUGUUGAUGUGGAGGGCUACAUCUACAGCCAUUGUCGGAAAGUUGGCAUCACUCUCUUCACUGUUUCUCACAGAAAAUCACUUUGGAAGCACCAUGAUUUUUAUCUUCACAUGGAUGGAAGAGGCAACUAUGAGUUCAAGAAAAUUACUGAAGAAACAGUUGAGUUUGGUUCAUAACCCCCCAUCCCCAGCCAUCAACAGCCGUGACUGUUAACAAUACUGGACUUGGGAAACGUACAUCGUGGUGUAACAAAGCUACUUGACUUACUCUUAAAUUGAUUACUAGAAAUACAAUAACAAGCUGUCAGUACCUUUAUUAUUAUGUAGAAUAUUACUAAUUUGUGUUCAUGUUGGUUUAAUUAUUAAUAUGCUCUAAGAAUGUUCUUAUUCUUGUGUUGUUUU